AUGGCGAAGAAGUCGGUCAACCAAGAGCCGGCCUCCUCGACCACCGGCGUCGGUGCUGAAGGAUUCGAGUUCAUCGAGACCCCAGCUGCCUCGUGCGUGAGCCCGAAUGCUGAGCCAUGCGGUGUCAGGACGACAGAGUAUCCUGCGAUCAAAAACGCUCCUCUGCCCGCUGAUGCUGCUGGCUCGGACUCGUUCUCCAACACUCUGCUCAUCUCCCUGCUGGUGCUGGUACCUGCGUACCUUGCCCGCCAGGUGUCCGGUGGACUAUGGACAACCCUGUUCCUCGCCAUCUUCACCAGCAUCCCGAUCCUUAUGGCCUACUGGACUGUGGCGUCGACCAUCUCUCCACGAAAGAAUGAAAAGGCGAAGUAUCCUGGCCGUCCUGUCGAGCACUAUCUCAACUUCCUGAGCGAGCAUGACCGUGCCAAGUACCAUGGCAAGUCCAAGAUCCCCAUGGAGACUUUCCAUGAGAUGUACUUUGACGGACAGGUGGAUUUCAAGGGUGAUGCGCUGGAGAUGCUUGAGUACAGACAUGACUGGGCUCAGUUCAAGUUCACCUGGAGCUUGUACAAGUAUUUCUUGACCGGCAUGAUGCCAGAGGUUAUCAUGCACACCAGAAGCCAGGAUGAGGAGCAAGUUCGUGGACACUAUGACCGUGGUGAUGAUUUCUACGGCUGGUUCUUGGGUCCACGCAUGAUCUACACCUCUGGUAUAAUCUCCAACAUCAACGAGGAAGAGACCCUCGAGCAGCUGCAGGACAACAAGCUCGCUGUCGUCUGUGAGAAGAUUGGCCUUAAGCCCGGAGACACCAUGCUCGACCUUGGCUGCGGCUGGGGCACUCUUGCCAAGUAUGCGUCCGUCCACUAUGGUGCCCAUGUCACUGGUAUUACUCUUGGCCGCAACCAGACCGCCUGGGGUAACAAUGGCCUUCGCAAGUCUGGCAUUGAAGAGUCUCAAUCCCGCAUUCUGUGCAUGGACUACCGUGAUGCUCCUAGCGUCCCUGGCGGAUACAAGAAGAUCACCUGUCUUGAGAUGGCCGAGCACGUUGGUGUCCGUCACUUUUCCACUUUCCUGCGCCAGGUGUAUGACAUGCUUGACGACGACGGUGUUUUCUUCCUCCAGAUUGCUGGUCUACGUAAGUCGUGGCAAUACGAGGAUCUAAUUUGGGGCCUGUUCAUGAACAAGUACAUCUUCCCCGGCGCUGACGCAAGCACACCCCUUGGAUUCGUCACCGAGCGCCUUGAGGGAGCUGGCUUCGAGAUCAAGGGCAUCGACACCGUGGGUGUACACUACUCUGCCACCCUCUGGAGAUGGUACAGGAACUGGAUGGGCAACAAGGAGAAGGUCGAGGCCAAGUACGGCAAGCGAUGGUUCCGAAUCUGGGAAUACUUCCUUGCCUACUCUACCAUCACCUCCCGUCAAGGAGGUGCUACCUGCUGGCAAAUCACCAUGGUUAAGAACAUCAACUCCACCCACCGUAUUGAAGGUAUCCCAAGCCAGUUCGGCCUUGCCGGCGCCCGCGAGGCCAGCAUCAACGGUGUCGGUGGAGGUAAGCUGCUCACCGCUGUUGUCGAGAAGGAGUAA